AUGCCGAUGGCCACGGCGAGCGUCCUGCCCCUCACCACGUACGGAUACGCCGCGGUGAUCGGAAUCUCAUGCGGAUCGUGGCUCACCUUCUUCUGGCUCGGUGCAAAGGGGAUGCAGGUGAUGUGCGCGUUUGGCACGCUCAACCAGCUGUGCCUGCUCCCCGCCAUCUUCCUGGUCGCGUGGCUGAGCGCGGGCCGCUCGAUGGGCGGGUGGGAGCGCGUCCGGCUGCACGAGCAGCUCCGCGCCGCGGUGCGCGCGGCGCAGGGCGCGGCGGAGGAGGCGAGGGAGCGUCUCGAGCGGCUCGCGGCGCAGAGCGACGCCGCCGCGCUCAAGCUGCGUCUGGAGCGGAUGGCGGCCGAGUCGUGCGGCGCGGCCGAGCGGAUAGCGCACGGUGGGCGCGAGACGGCGGAGCGGCUGGUGGCGGAGGGGCGGCACUUAGCCCUCGAGGGGCGCGAAAAGGCGGAGCGCUUCGUCGCAGAGGGGCGCGCCUCGGGGGGGAGGCUGGCGGCGGAGGGGUCGCGGCUGGCGGCGGAGGUGCGGGACCAGGGCCUCGACGCGGCCGAGCGGCUCGCGGCCAGCGUAGGCGCGCACUUGGCGGCGGCGGGGUUCAGCGCGGCGGAGCGGGCGGAGUUCAAGGCGGCCGAGGCGGAGGGCGGCGUGGGCUCGCCCCUCAAGCGGCCGGUGCUGACGGCGGUGUCGGAGGUGUCCUUCUGCACCGUCUUCGCCGCCUUUAUGAUUUGCGACCUCCUCUUCGUGCCCGCCUCCGCCCUGCUCGUCGCGCACCACGCCGCCUGCCUCGUCUGCCACUUUUGGGCUAUCUUCACACGACCACGCGGCGCGCUCCUUCCGCUCUCCUUUGCAUUCUGUUUCAUCACCGGUAGAUGA